ACUGAAAACAGAAGGAAAAUAUAAAUAAAAACAAAAAUGAAAACGAAAAAACAAAAAAAAAAUAUUGAAACAAACUGAAUUCGAAAGAAAAAUGUUUCAGAAAAGAAAACACAACUGAAUAGAACUGAGCAACAGAUAUACCGAUCUUAAACAUUUUUUCAGAACAAAAACUUAAAACACAAAUCUCAUAAUCGCAAAAUCGUUAAAAAGAUCGGCUAUUUAAAUUUAGUAACGUUUAAAAUAUUUUCAAAAUCAAACAAAAUAAAAAAUUAUUAUUAAAAAAAAAGUGUUGUUUACAAAUCAAAUCUAUGACAAAAAUCUAGUCUCAAUGUACAAAAUAAUCUGCUAUAAAAUCAUUGUCUACGUUUUUAUAUAUUCUAUAUAAUUUUAAUAUAAAAAAAUACUUAAUAAUUACAAUACAAAUAUACCAGACAGUUUUGUAAAAAAAAAUAAAUUUAAUAAAAUAAGCUAAAUCAUCAAAUUUUUUAAAAACAAAAAUAUCAUAUAAAAAAACAUGCUUUUAAAUAGUACUUAAUAAUAACUACCAACCUGGAUACCCUGGAAUUUGUUUUAUAAAAAAAGUUUGACAACGUUGUAUAAACCGCCAUAUCAUUAUUAACAUUGUCAUAAACAUCAUUAUUAUCGUCAUUAUCAUCAUCGACAGGUCACCGUUUUAAUCAUCGUCAGUCAGUCAGUCAACAAGCAAAUAUAUCAACCGUUAAACAGUAAUCGACUAAAAUAACAAUAAUAAACCAACAACUACAAACUAAAGAGCAGCUUCAAAUGUUAGAUUACCAGCAGAAUCUAAUAAUAUUAUCAAGAGCAGGAUUUAACUUUUGAAUUAAUCAAAUUGAUAACCCACCAUAAUAUUUGCAUUAGUAAUCUCAACUAUUUGCUAAACAUUUGAAAAACGUUAGUUAACCACAAGUUCCAAUCACAUCAAUUCGAAUGCAAAAUACACAAAUUUGUGCAACGAUCGAUGAUCGUUCGUCAUCGACAUCUUUGAAAAUGGAAACACGAACACCCACCAGUGUCUAUCACCAUCAUCGGGCGCCCCGCACUCCAGAAAGUUAUUUCAAUGUACCCGAAUCCAUAGCCCUGCUAAAUAUUGUCAAAUCCGAAAGAAUACAAAGUGCAUUUCAAUCGAAUCGUAAAAAUCAUGCCAGUGUUUGGGAAAUGGUAGCCGAAGUCCUCAAUCGUUAUAGUGCACGCAAAAGAUCGGCCAAACAGUGUUGUAAUCGUUAUGAAAAUCUUAAGAAAAUCUACACACAAUUGAAAAAGAAUCCCGAACGACAUGUACGACGCAACUGGCCCUAUAUGUUUCUCUUCAAAGAGAUAGAGGAACAGAGGGGAGAAUGUUGGGGUUCGAAUAGCAAGCGUAUGGCUUUAAUAGCUAAAAAUCAAAAUGAAUUGUCGUACUAUCAUCGAAGGCGACAGGCAGCUGAGUUCGGAGCACUGCUGGAUAAACAGACACAAGCUGCUGUGGUGGCUCAACAUAAUUUAUUGCAAAGUUUAGCCGCAGUCCAUUCCAAUGAUUCGAAUAGUAAUUGCAAGUUGGAACGUUUUUUACCCAAUCAUUUUGUUGAGGCUCAACUGGGCAACGAUACCAGUAACACAAAUGGUCCCGAUGGAGUCUACGAUGACUCUUCACCUCUCCCCCUACAAGCAGCGCAUAAAGAUGGUAUACACGAAAUACCAGAUGAUUUACCAGAUAAUGCUACUGCUGCUGCCGCCGCUGCAGCAGCUGCUGCUCACAAUUUACUGCAGGCCCAUGUUAAUGGUGUAACGGCGGUUAAUACGAAUGAACUUAAAGAGUCUCUAGCUCAAGAAUAUGAAAAAGACUGCAAUGGUGCUCUCAACCUACAGACCAGUGACAAUAAUAAUGUCUCCAUGAAUUUUUCCAAUUCUUCCAGAUCGGAACCAAUGUCGGAUGGUGAAUUCAAUCCGGAUGAUAUACAGCUAAUGCAAACAAAUUAUAAUGGAUCACAAAACUACUACUCAAAUAAUAUGGAUCAUAAUAUUUUACAUCCCGAUGUUAUAGUCGAUACGGACAAUCUAUCCGAAUGCAGUAGUGGUGGCGGCUCGCCGAAACAUAAACGUAAACUAUCAACAUCAACCGAUGGUGAUAGUACGAACUAUGAAUUGAUCGAAUAUUUAAAGAGACGUGAAAAACGUGAUGAAGAAUUACUAAGACGUAUGGAUGCUCGAGAGGAGAGAUUGGUUAGUUUGCUAGAAAGAACCGUGGUCGCCAUAGAAGCUUUGGUGCAACACAAAUGCACACACCAUAACAACCCACCAACUGCCGAUAAAAUCGAAGUAGUGGAUAAAUCUAUAAAAAUCUGCAAUGGAAAUGCUACACCAUCUGAGGCUAAAGCAGCAGCAGCUGCUACAAUUGCUGCAGAUCCUAUUAUUUCAGAUGAUACCAGUGAAAAAGAUUGACUAAAUUAAUAAAUCAAACCAAAAAAUCAAUAUAAUACUCAAUAGGACUAAAAAUAGAACCAAAGAUUAAGAAGUUUUUACGAGAUUUUUUUAUACUUAAAUACUAACGAGUAUACUCGUUUUAUAAUUUAGAAUUUUAGUUUUAAUUUUACCAAAAAAAAAAUAAAAAUUAAACAAACUGUGUGCCAAAAAUUUACUUAAUUAUUUAUAGCUUUUAUUAUUUUUUUAAUUUGUUUAACUACUUUUACUUAAGUUUUUUCUCAAUUGUGUUGUCAUAAAACUCCUACUUUGUUAUGAGAUUAGUUUAAGUUUUAUUAUGUGUAAUAUUCUCUAUUUAAGUGCCUUAAAAGAACAACCAAAAACAAAUAUUUAUAAACAAAAAUCUGAUAUUCUAAAAAGAUCAAAUAAAUUUAAUAUUUACCUUUUU